AUGAUUCGACCCGUCCCGGGCGCCUUCGACCCGUCUGAACACGCAGUCCAAACCUACUUUAGCCCGGACUGUUCCGCACUCUGGCUCCGCCUAGUCAAGUACCUUGAGGAAGGCACUCUUGUGGCCGAGGUAUGGCUCUGGCUACUGAGGAAGGAACACUUCGCGCGCGUGGCUUCGCGAUCGCAACCCGUAUUUUUUUCGUUCCCGCCGCAUCUUCCCUUUACUGGUUUGGUCCUACGCCCCGAUUCGCGCACUACGGUCAACGUCAGGACAACAGUCAACUCCCCGCGAAAAUUACAGCGUGCAUUGAGGAGGUGCAAAGCAAUACGAGGCACGCACCCGAACAUGAAAGCUCUACAAGAGAAGGUUAAACUUGCGCUGGCCAAUCAGAAGUAUUACGGGCAAAAUCUCCAGUCAUCGAAAGUGAAGCGCGCCGUUGUACGAAAAGUGGCAAGGCACUUGGUCACAGAAGGCCUGGUUAAUCUGACUUCCAAUGAUGGCUCCAUCCUUCCGGCCCCGGGCCAAAUUACACCGUCUUUGCUAUCUGGCAACGAUACUUCUGCCGACACAACACCUAUGAAUAUCAUCGCAGCCAAGCAGGUCGAAACUGUUUUCCUAGCUGCACCUACCGCGAAGCCGCCCCCUCUUCCAGGCAUUGAUCAUACUCAAGAACCGAUUCCUGCCACUCGGAAGGUCAUCAAUCCCACAGUACCAAAAAAGAGGUCGGCGGAGGAAACCGAAGCCGUAGUCGCGAAGAAAGUCAAGGAGUCUGACGACCGUGAUCCAGCCUAUCGCGUAAAUCUGCACAGAUAUCACCUCAACAUGGACACUGAUGUGGAAAGGACGGAAAGGUGCAGUGUCUACUUAACAGGUACUUCUGUCGUUGGCCGAAUCCACUUCAAGCAUGGCAGGGAAAACAAACGGACGGGCGCACGUUCUAUUUCGAUCUCGGCAUUCGUCCCGGAUUUUGAUAUCGAUGCUAACAUGCUGAUCUCCGCUUUCUUCGGUACACACACAACAUACCACUCCGAAGGUACUUACUUCUCCAGGCAUUACGGAGUGCUGCCAAGGGAGUUGUUUCUUGACGCCAUUAUGAGCGGCGAGGUUGUCACGCGACGCACCAAGAACAGGGUAACAUUUGCCCGUGCUAAGACCAUCGCCGACGCCUGGGGACUCACCAACUACCUGCAACCCUUGUUCGAUGCCAUCACCACUAAGCUUUUUCAUGCCUGA